AUGAUUUCAAAUAUAAUCUUGAUAACGCUGUUCGCUAUCGGAGCUAACUGCAUGUACCUGCCAUAUGAAUACAGCAGACCUAUAGAAUAUGUGACUGAUUUCGACUUAGAGCAACCCAUUGAAUCAGUCCAUCCGAUCCUUGUAAGAGAUCGUCGGCAAGUUCAUGGAGUAGCUAAUACCAAUCCUGAUGGAACCGCUAAUAUUAUGGCAAAACUUCCACUUGCUGGAAAUGAUAAGAAUAUAUUGAGUGCUAUUGGUAGUGUGCAAGGAGUAAAGCCAGGUGGAUCAUUUGGAGCUGCAUCAGGUGGUCUAGCAUUGGACAAUGUAAAUGGCCAUGGUCUUAGUUUAACAGGCAAGCAUAUUCCGGAUUUUGGAAACCAACUUACAGCGGCUGGCAAAUUAAACCUGUUACACACGGAUAAACAUGACUUCAACGCAAAUGCUUUUGCCACGAGAAACUUGCCUAGUAACCCAGCUAUACCCAACUUUAAUACUUAUGGUGGCGGUGUUGAUUAUACCUUCAAUCAAAAAGUUGGAGCUUCAUUGGGAAUGGCACAUACUCCGUUGCUACAAAAGACAGACUAUUCCGCAAUGGGCAACCUUAAUCUCUUCCGCAACCCAACUUCGUCUUUGGAUUUCAGUGCCGGUGCAGCAAAGUCCGUGUCGCCAUUUAUUCCUAAUAGAUCCUGGCAACCUACCUUUGGACUAUCGUAUUCAAAAUAUUUUUAA